AUGGGAAAUACACCAAGCACAGGCGACAAAUAUGAGUUGAAACUAAACUUUGAUUCAGUCGAUGCUGUGUCAAAACAGCUAGAAACAAAUGGACUGAAAGAUCUGAUUGUCUAUAUUGGAAUAGACUAUACGGCAAGUAACUCUCGAGCGAGCAACAUGUCUUUUGGAGGGAUACCGUUGCACUCGAUUGGCAACCAAAUCAUCAAUCCGUAUCAACAAGUGUUGACUAUUGUUGGCAAACAACUUCAAAAAUUGACAAAAGAGAUUUCUUUGUUUUCCUUUGGGGAUUCCAUCUCAAGAGGUACUGGGGUUUGUAAUAUGAAUAAAGACGGCCCUCUUAGUACCUACGAUGACGUGAUCAAUAUAUACAACAAAUCAACACCAUUCAUCACACUCUCGGGACCAACUAACUUCGCGCCACUCAUUAACAAAGCAGUUGAAAACGCGGCGGAAGCGAAGGGAAAAACACUCAUUUUGAUAAUAUGCGACGGACACGUCACAGAAACCGAACCAACGUACAAAGCAGUUGACGCCGCACGCGAACAAAAUAUCGAGGUCGUCUGUAUCGGCGUCGGAGAUGGUCCGUUCGGAAAAAUGUCGACGCAACUCAACCUCCCAAAUUUCCAUUUCAUCAACUUUACAACAUUAAAAGAACAAUACCAAGAGAAGGUGGAAGAGUACCUGAGCAUAGCGGUGCUCCAAGAUUUGGUUUCUUUCAAGAAUUGA